AACGGAUCCUGCUCAAACUCCUCGUGCUGUUGACUGUUGACUCUCUCCAAGCAGGAACCAGUCUCAGUUGUUUUCCUUCCUUCUGUCCGGUAGUGGCUACAUUGUGGAUAAAUUGUAGCCGGUUGCGUUAGCUUAUCCUACAUUAGCUUAACGGGCAACAGCUGUUAGACAUACUUUUUAUCGCUUUUUUGGGAUUCGGUUUGUUUUGUCAAGAUAAUGAAUUUACUGCCGUCGAAUCCUCACGGGAACGGACUGCUUUAUGCUGGAUUUAACCAGGAUCACGGAUGUUUUGCCUGUGGAAUGGAAAAUGGAUUUCGUGUGUACAACACAGAUCCUCUUAAAGAAAAGGAGAAACAAGACUGGGCUGAAAAUAUGACUCGACACACAACUCACUCCAGAGAGUUCCUAGAGGGUGGGGUUGGCCAUGUUGAAAUGCUGUUUAGGUGUAACUACCUAGCACUAGUCGGAGGAGGCAAGAAACCCAAGUAUCCAACUAACAAAGUGAUGAUCUGGGAUGACCUGAAGAAGAAGACAGUUAUUGAGAUUGAGUUCUCAACAGAAGUCAAAGCAGUGAAGCUUCGACGUGACCGGAUUGUUGUGGUCCUGGAUUCAAUGAUCAAAGUGUUCACCUUUACCCACAACCCCCAUCAGCUGCAUGUGUUUGAGACGUGCUACAACCCCAAAGGCCUGUGUGUACUGUGUCCUAACAGCAACAACUCUCUGCUGGCGUUCCCUGGGACUCAUUCAGGCCAUGUACAGAUAGUGGACCUGGCCAACACAGAGAAGCCCCCAGUGGACAUUCCUGCCCACGAGGGGGCGCUGUGUUGCAUUGCACUCAACCUGCAGGGCACAAGGAUAGCUACAGCUUCAGAGAAAGGGACGCUUAUAAGAAUAUUUGACACAUCUGCAGGUCAGCUCAUACAGGAGCUGAGACGAGGCUCUCAGACAGCCAACAUUUACUGCAUUAACUUCAACCAGGAUGCAUCGCUCAUCUGUGUGUCCAGUGACCACGGCACAGUGCACAUCUUUGCUGCAGAGGAUCCCAAAAGGAACAAACAGUCGAGCCUGGCAUCAGCCAGCUUUCUUCCCAAAUACUUCAGCUCUAAGUGGAGCUUCUCCAAGUUCCAGGUCCCCUCGGGCUCCCCCUGUGUGUGUGCCUUUGGUACGGAGCCCAAUGCUGUCAUCGCUAUUUGUGCUGACGGCAGCUACUACAAGUUCCUAUUUAACCAGAAAGGGGAGUGUUCCAGAGAUGUCUACGCCCAGUUUCUGGAGAUGACUGACGACAAAAUAUGACCCCCUCCCCCCGCCGGUGUGCAGACUUGCUAUAAUGCAUAAUUGAUGGGAGGACAAAGAAAGAAACAGACUUUGGAGGAAACCCUCAAAGCAAAGAUGGACAGAGGGACUCACCAACAGGAAUGCAGACUUUGCAGACUCCUGAACAUGGCCUCUCUCUGGGCAGACCAGGUUCAAACCAAACUUGAGAGGAGAGGGGCAAGUUAUUUUUUUGUGGAUAAAUCCAACACGCUUUUUAAGAAGUCUUCCAGGAAUUUACAGAGGACGACUAUUUUUAAUCCCACAGGUUAUUCUGAUUGAUAGACAGAUUAAAAAUAGUGAUUUAUGUCAACUAAUAUCACCUAACCUAACUAUAGGUAGUGCCUCUGAGACUGGAGCAGAGCUGUAUGUGUGCACAUAUUAUUGUUGUCAUAUAUAUACAUAUGUGUGUUUGUGUAUAUACCAAUGUACCACGUUAGAUGUUCAAAGCAGUAAACAAGAAGGAGCAGUUUCUCCAUUGCUGCCUUUAAGGGUGACACAAACAUCUUGACGAUUGGAACAGACUGAUCCUGUGGCGUGAAGCCUCAUCUUAGUAUUACUAGCUUUUCUUAUAGUCACUGUAUCAACGCACAUUUGCCAGAUUGAACUUCUAACUACAUAGAAUUGUACAGAAGAGUAGCAAAAAAAGAAUCAGAUAUGAACCGUUUUUGGUUUUGUUUCUUCCUUUUUUAAUAAGUUGUGCAAUAAGGUUUUCCUAAAUUGCUUUUGUUAAGAUCUCUUGACGGUUGUGUUUGUCCUAUUACCUAUACUACAAAAUUGUCUCCUCAUCAAACUCUCAGUAAGGUGAACCUUUGAGUUCCUGUUCCUGUCUGAACAGGAAGCCAAAGAGCCAAGUGGGCAGUUUGUCUCUGAGCAUUCAGACAUAUUCAAGAGGAAAUUAUCCACAACUUUCUACUGUAAUUCUCUGAUCAAAAAAUAACUUUUUUUUAGAUUGAUUAAAGAAUGCAAGGUUUUGUGUAAUACACUAUUAUUCCAAUAUUGUUCAAACAGAUGUUUUUUUAAGGUACUUUUUGUUGGCCAGUCACAGAUGUUUGGCAUCUUUCUUUUUAAGAGCCUAGUGUUUGGUUUGUGUUGGUACCUUCUCCAUCCUCCCAAACUCUUGACAGCGUUGAUAAAUUCAAAUGCAAUUAAUUAAUUAAAUGCAAAUCAGGGAAUUAUGAAGUGCUGAGGUAAUAAAUUAGAGCUCUGAUCAGUGUGAUGCAAAAAUGUUAGUGUUACUUCCCCCCCCCCCAGCUUUUCUAAAGUUGACAAAGUACAGCAAACACUUUACCGUUUUGUUGCUCUCCACUGUUGAUGUCAAUGAACAGCACUCGCUACAGAAGGGAAGCUGCACAGACAUGAAAAGCCAACUUGUUUCUGACACACUCAGAUGAUUGUAAAAAAUCUGCAAUGAAGUUUGUGAAUAAAUGUCAACAUCUGCUUUUACAA